GGAAGUGACGCCUUAAUUUUAACGUCAUACAGAGGCGGGGUGGUGAGCGUUGGUUGGGGCGAGAACUUAAAUUUGAAAAACGGAUAACUAAUUACAGGACAUUGUUUUGUGUUCAGAUGAAUAUUAUCCUGUUUGAUUGUUACUUUUUUCUAAAUUUAUUUUGCAUCGUGUAGUCAACUUCAACAGGCAGCAGGCACUGUUGAAAUGAGUCUCCUUGAAAUCAGUGAAAAUGUGAAGCUUGCCCGAGAAUAUGCCUUACUUGGGAAUUAUAAUUCUGCCAUUGUCUAUUACCAAGGAGUGCUUGAACAGAUGAGGAAGUAUCUGUUUUCUGUUAAAGACCCUUUAUUACAACAAAAAUGGCAACAGGUCUGGCAAGAGAUAAGUAAAGAACAUAAACAUGUCAUGGAAAUUCUGGCAACCCUGGAUGGCUUUAAAGUAGAAAGCACUCCUUCUAAACCAGCAAGUGAAGAUGGAGACAUUUGGCCAGUGCAAGUUGAACGCAGGCCGUCACCGUGUCCUGCAAGGCGACAUCCAGUUCCAUACAAUGAUGCCAAACCUCACCACAACAACCGAUUAAGUGCUGCUCAGAAAGGCCAACAUCGGCAAUCUCCACGGAGUGCAAACAGUGACCGAGUGAGACCUGUCAGGGGGAAAGAGAGAAAGGAGGCACAGGGCAAAGCAAAAGAGGACAAGAGCAAAUCUGCUGCUUCUGCUAAUGUUUCAGAAUCUGAAAUUAAGAAAUUUGAUGGGACCGGAUAUGAUAAAGACUUGGUAGAGGCCCUGGAAAGAGAUAUAAUAUCGCAAAAUCCAAACGUUAAAUGGGAUGAUAUAGCAGACUUGGGAGAGGCAAAAAAACUGCUAAAAGAAGCUGUGGUUUUGCCCAUGUGGAUGCCAGAAUUCUUCAAAGGAAUUAGACGACCAUGGAAGGGAGUGUUGAUGGUUGGCCCUCCUGGAACAGGAAAAACACUGCUGGCCAAAGCUGUAGCCACUGAAUGUAAAACAACCUUUUUCAAUGUUUCUUCUUCAACACUCACUUCCAAGUACAGAGGGGAAUCUGAGAAAUUAGUGCGUCUCUUAUUUGAAAUGGCAAGAUUCUACGCUCCGACUACUAUAUUCGUUGAUGAGAUUGAUUCAAUCUGCAGCCGCAGAGGGACGUCAGAAGAGCAUGAAGCCAGCAGAAGGGUCAAAACCGAGCUUUUAGUUCAGAUGGAUGGUGUUGGAGGGGCAUCAGACAAUGAAGAUCCUUCAAAAAUGGUUAUGGUUCUGGCAGCCACCAACUUUCCAUGGGACAUAGAUGAGGCUCUUAAAAGACGAUUAGAAAAAAGGAUUUACAUCCCCUUGCCUUCAGCUGAAGGCAGGGAAGAACUCCUAAAAAUAAACCUGAAAGAGCUAGAAUUGGCAAGUGAUGUUGAUCUAGCUAAAAUAGCAGAGCAGAUGGAUGGUUAUUCUGGUGCUGACAUUACAAAUGUGUGCCGGGAUGCCUCGCUGAUGGCAAUGCGACGUCGUAUUGAAGGUUUGACGCCAGAAGAGAUCCGAAACAUUUCAAAAGAUGAAAUGCACAUGCCAACCACCAUGAACGAUUUUGAAAGCUCUUUAAAAAAGGUCUCUAAAUCAGUGUCUGCUUCAGACAUUGAAAAAUAUGAGGAGUGGAUUGCAGAAUUUGGGUCCUGUUAAGACUGUCCUUCACAAAAAAAAGUUAGCAAAAAUCCUGCCUUAAGUCUUUUUUUUAAAUAAGCUCAGAAUAUCAAGAGUUGCAGUUAAUAUUUUGUAAGAAAUAUGUAGCUACAUUCAUAAUGUUUAAUGGAUGUAGAUGUGUUGCUUGAGAAAUGGUGGACGCACACUCCUAUAAAUAAAGUAAAACUGGGCAUCUUGAGGAUCAUUGAGGCUUACUCUCAUAUGUUGCAGAGUGCUCUUUCUGUGGCUUAAUUUUCUUACUUUUAUUCAAUUGCAAGGGCCAGUAGGUGAAGGGAUUAGAUUACUAUUUUUUUUUGUUUGUUUUGGUUAUAAUAAAAAAAAAAAAAUACUUCAUGGUACUUCUCAGAAUGACUUCUGUAAAAGUACUUAAUUGAAUAAGAAACUAGAUGUGUGAAAUUGAAUAGUUAUUUAGAGAACAAAAAACACUUCAUUCUUUUAACCAAUUUAACAAUGUGUAGAUAAAGUCUGACUGUACAGUAAUGUUAUAGUUCAGAGUGACUUUACUGUACAAGUGCCUUUUGCUUUUCAGAAUUUUUAGCACUGGAUAUUUUUAGAAAACAACUUUAAACAGCACUAAAGUUGUACUGUCCCAGAUAAUCUCUUUAACCACACAAAAGAGAGUUAACAAAGCUAAAUAUAAUACGAAUAAAGGCAAACUACCCCUUAUGUAACUGUCAUUUGUGGUACACAGCUGCCUCAUUGAACCAAUAACUGACUAAUAUUUUAACAUUUCAUGAUUUCUUUCACUUCAAAAAAUCAUUACCUAUUGCAAGGGUUUUCAAGGGGGGGAGGGAGAGUCAUGGAUUUUCACUCUGAUAUAUUAUUAGGUGGGUGAAGAAGGUGUUUGGCUCAUGAACUUUGCUGUUUUCAAUUUGUCGUAUCGGUGAAGCACAACCUUUCUGCAUUUUUUAGAAGUAUUACUGCUUCGAUAAAUUAAUAAUAAUCACAGUACUCAUACUUUGAAGGUUUUUGAUUGAUUUAUUAGUUGUGGCUGCAUUUUAGUAACAGCAAUAGCGGCUGGUUGCAUUUGUUUUUGGUGUUUUGAAAUGGAUACUUUCGUACUUGAAAGAAAAACGAAGGAAGAAAAAGUCUACAGAAAGGGCAAAGCAACAAAGUUAUACAGAGUCACUUUGGUUAAUUUUUAUGCUGGCUUUAACAAAAAAAAGUAUCAUUAGUUAUAGUUUUAUCUUGCGGUUAAUGUUUUUGAUGUAAACAUUUUAAGUGGCACGCAUAAUCAUGCUGAGAUGGGAAGUAAAUGGUAACGUGAAACACAGUGAAGACUCUUAAUAUUAUUUAUAAUAACUUUGCCGAAUAGAAAGCGAAUGAGUGUUUCCAAAGAGAUUCCCAAGUACUGUCUUUUAAGUCUGUGCAUCCAAAGACAUGUAAUUAAACGUUUUUAAGAAUUAA